AUGGGAACCAACGAGAAUGGCGAGCAUGAUGAAGUGCGGGUUCACGACCUCUGCACUAAAGAGUCAUGGUGGAAUGUGCCGCAUUUGGUGAGGUUGAACCUCAUGCUUGCAAUUCCAUUCAUGUCGGCCUAUAUAGGCGGUUAUGAUGGCAGUGUGCUCAAUGGAAUGCAGACUCUUGAGCAUUGGCAAACUGAAUUCGAUCACCCCUCUGGCGGCAUUCUUGGCCUUUUGGUCAAUAUCCAAACCAUCGGUGGCGUGGUUGCUUUGCCUAUCGCCCCUUGGAUGGCCGACACGUAUGGGCGACGCCAUCCCAUCUUUCUCGGGUCCUGUAUCAUCAUAGGCGCAGCAAUUCUGCAGGGAUGUGCUAACAACAUGGCCAUGUUCUUAUCUGGGCGCUUUUUUAUCGGCCUCGGUGGCAUGUUCAUUUCUUGCGCUGCUCCUCCGCUCCUUGGAGAACUGGCGUAUCCGACUCAUCGACCUAUCAUCACCGGAAUUUAUAACACCACCUGGUAUACUGGCGCCAUUGUCGCUGCCUGGGCUACCUAUGGUACAUUCCACAUGAAUAACAACUGGAGCUGGAGAAUCCCUUCACUCCUUCAGGCACUAGUCUCCAUAUUUCAGGUGGCUUUUAUCUACUUAUUGCCUGAGAGCCCCAGGUGGCUUGUUGCCAAUGAUCGUUCGGCGGAGGCCACCAAAGUCCUCAGCAAGUAUCAUAGCGGCACCGAAGAGACAACUGAGCUUGUUCGCCUUCAGAUUGCCGAAAUCACCAGUGCCAUCGAAUUCGAACGCUCUCUUGAGUCCGUCUCGUACCUCCAGUUCUUCAGAACAAGGGGAAACCGUCAUCGUACAGUAGUUGUCGCGUCCUUGGGCUUCAUCAUCCAAUGGUGUGGUAACCAGCUUAUCGGUCCCUAUCUUGCUCUUGUCCUUUCCGAUAUUGGAAUCACCGACGGCGAAACCCAGAACCUCAUUAACGGAGGUCUCCAGAUCUACAACUUCAUCAUUGCAUGUAGUGCUGCUACCCUUAUCGACCGAGUUGGUAGACGGCCCCUACUGCUGACGUCAAUUAUCGGCAUGCUAUCUACAUUUACUGUCUGGACCAUCUUGGCGGCACGAAGCCAGAUGGAAGAUGGCUCCAACAAGGGAUUCGGCAUUGGCAUCGUCAUCCUGAUUUUUGUCUUCUUUACCUUUUACAAUAUCGCCAUGUCGCCUCUGCCUAUUGCCUACCUUCUCGAGGUGUUGCCGUAUUCUCUUCGGUCCAAGGGUCUCAGCAUCUUCAACUUGGCACAGAUUUGCAGUGGCCUAUUCAACGGCUUUGUUAAUCCAGUAGCACUGAAGUCCUUGAGGUGGAAGUACUACAUCGUGUUUGUUGUAGCUCAAUGUCUGUGGCUCACCAUCAUCUACUUCACUUACCCUGAGACUCGAGGUUUGUCCCUCGAAGAGGUCGCUCAGGUCUUUGAUGGGAGACAAGUGCUCGACAGAACUCUCGAAAUCAAGGCUGAAGGAAUCCCCGAAGUCGACCACAAGAGCAGAGUCACACCAGAAGACAAGGAGCUGUAG